ACAACAAAUCAAGUUUGUUUGUUGACUGGCAUCUUCAUAUCCGGUACUUAGUAAACCAAAAUAGCGAUGGUAAAAACCUCGUUGCAUUCAUCUCAUAUGAUUGUAACGAAAACAAAAGCAACUCGUGAUCAUCCUUCAACAAGGUGUGUACUAUAAUAUAAAUUCAUAAGUUGAAUUCGGGGACAGUUAAUGCUAGACAGUAAUUUCUUGGAUAUCGUAGUGUGACUCGAGAAGAAAAUAUCUUAAAAAUGAGCAGUUAUGAAAUUUUGCUGAAUUCAGAUGAUUGUCCAUUUUGUCAUGAUACAGAAACUAUGGAAAACCAAACAAUUGGCAUUCUUGGUACAGGAAACUAUGGAACAGCAUUAGGGAAAAGACUUUUACAAGCUGGAUAUGAAACCGUUUUUGGUAGUCGAAAUCCACUUCAACGAUCCUUUAUCACCAGAGAUAAACAGUUGAGCAACGUCAAAGUGGACUCUGUUAAAAAUGUUCUUACAAACAAGGAAAUUGAAAUUUUUAUCCUGGCAAUUCCUUAUUCUAGCAUGGAAUCCUGUCUUCGACCACAUAAGAAUGAUUUGGUGGGAAAAAUUUUCGUUGAUAUCUCAAAUCGCACUAAACCAAGUAAAUUUGAAUCAAAUGCAGAAAAUUUAGCUAUCAUUUUCCCAGAUAUUCAGUUUGUAAAAUCUUUUAACACAUUGUCUGCUUAUGCUGUUGAAAGUGAGAACUUUGGUGGUAGCAUAAAAAAUUUCGUCGCUGGAAAUAACAGACAUGCACGAGAAAGAAUUAUGCAAUUGUCACGUGAUAUUGGGAUUCCUCCCGUUGACUGUGGUAACUUAGGUGCUGCAAGGAAACUGGAAGCUUAUCCCCUAACUCUUAUGUCAGGAUGGGGUAUACCUAGUAUUUAUACAUUAGUGACUUUUCUGGUUUGGUUCAUAGUUGUAACUGCAAAGAUUGUAAUAUACUACACUAGCCACAAUCUUCAAAUAUCCUGGUAUAGAAUGCCACUGACGUUUUUGAACAAAAUAGUCUGUUUGACAGCCAUUACAUUAUUAGCUUCUUCUUAUUUACCAGGUUGCUUAGCAGGAUUUUUACAAAUUUACAAUGGAACAAAAUACAAAGAUUUCCCUAAAUGGAUGGACAAAUGGAUGAAAUCUCGCAAAAUGAUAGGACUUUAUGCUCUUCUUUUCAGUUUCUGGCAUGCUGGGAUGUCUCUGGUACUUAUUUCCCCUGGCUAUGCUAAUUCAUGGUACCUUACUAGUCCACAUGCUAAUUCCUCAGUUAUCUCCCCUUAUGAAGUACAUCUGAACCUCAAAGGCGAAUCUUUAAUAAGUACUGGAUUUAUAGCCCUGUUCUUAAUGCUUCUUGUUGGAAUUUCCUCUCUUCCAAGUGUUAGUGAAAUACUCAACUGGAAAGAAUGGCGUUUUACUCAAAGUCACUUAGGAUAUGUAACAGUGUUUUUCUCAGUUAUGCAUGUCUUUAUCAUAGGCAUGCCAAACUGGCUAAAACACCCUUCGAGUUUUUUUUACUCAAAUACCUUCACAUGUUGCAUACUUCCUUUGUUGACAUUAUUCUUAAAACUUGUUUUGUGCUUACCAGGGGUUAGUUGUUAUGUUGACAAUAUACGUGCAGGCUGGGAGAGAAGAAAACCUGAGAAAAUUGAAAAUGAUAUUCCUUUGUAAUGAAAUUUCAACAAAUCUGUCAAAAACUAAAUCUGUUCAUUUGAUAAAUGAAUAUAUUUUUCUAUGAACAUUAAGUAUUGAUCUGUACUGACAAACAGUUUCAUCAAGCGUUUAUUAAAAUUUAAAUUAAUCUUGAAUUUCAAGUUUAAUAAACUCCAA